AUGGCCAUGCCGUCCGGGGAAAAAGCACGACGUGAAGCGACUCAUCCGAAAUACGAGUUCGAUUACAAAGUGGAGGAUCAUCAUACGGGUGACAUAAAGUCCCAGCAUGAACACCGCGAUGGAGAUGCUGUGAAAGGCGUUUACUCGCUGCACCAGCACGACGGCUCCGUGAGACAUGUCGAUUAUCACGGCGACCACCACAGCGGG